CAUACAUCGUCUGUGUGCCUAUACUCUCAGCAACCUUCAACUCGUGUUAAACUGAAAUUUCAAAAACAAAAUGAAAAAAGACUAGUCCGUUUAUUAUCUAGGCAUACUAAUAAUACUUGCAGUUUCAGUUUUUCUUUCGUAAAUAAACUAAAACCACUUGUGGGUUUCAGUCAGGGUUCUAGGAAUGGCAGAUUCCCAGGACAAGGUGGUUGCUGUGAUCAUGGUCGGCGGGCCAACCAAAGGUACUAGAUUUAGGCCACUUUCUUUCAAUACUCCAAAGCCUCUGUUCCCAUUAGCUGGACAGCCUAUGGUCCAUCAUCACAUUUAUGCUUGCAAAAGGAUACCAAAUUUAGCGAGGAUUUUCCUACUUGGGUUCUAUGAGGAGCGUGAAUUUACUUUAUACGUUUCUUCAAUCUCUAAUGAAUUCAAAGUACCUGUAAGAUACUUGAAAGAGAACAAACCACAUGGUUCUGCUGGUGGUCUUUAUUACUUUAGAGAUUUGAUCAUGGAAGACAGCCCGUCACAUAUCCUUUUGUUGAAUUGCGAUGUUUGUUGCAGUUUUCCAUUGCCAGAUAUGCUUGAGGCACACAAAACAUAUGGUGGGAUGGGAACAAUGUUAGUAAUCAAGGUUUCUGCGGAAUCAGCUGACCAGUUUGGUGAAUUGGUUGCCGAUCCAACCACCAAAGAACUGCUGCAUUACAUAGAGAAACCAGAAACUUUUGUAAGUGAUCUAAUAAACUGUGGUGUCUAUGUCUUCACGCCAGAGAUCUUUACUGCCAUUCAAGGUGUCUCCAGUAAUCGGGAAGGAAGAGGAAAUGUACUUCGAUUUUCCAGCUUCGAGGGUGCCCAGUCUUUGACAAGGUCCAGUCUUCCUAUAGAUUUUGUCAGGUUAGAUCAAGAUAUUUUAUCACCUCUUGCUGGAAAGAAGCAAUUAUAUACAUAUGAGACCAUGGAUUUCUGGGAACAAAUCAAGACUCCAGGGAUGUCUUUGAAGUGCUCUGCUUUAUAUCUUUCCCAAUAUCGUUUUACCUCUCCUCAUCUUUUGGCCAACGGUAAUGGAACUAGGAGUGCUAGCAUCAUUGGUGAUGUUUAUGUUCAUCCUUCAGCAAAAGUGCACCCAACUGCAAAGAUUGGUCCCAAUGUCUCUAUUUCCGCAAAUGUUCGUGUGGGAGCAGGCGUGAGGCUUAGAAGUUGCAUCAUCUUAGAUGAUGUUGAAAUUCAGGAAAAUGCAGUUGUUAUGAACUCGAUUGUUGGUUGGAAGUCAUCUCUAGGAAGAUGGUCAAGAGUCCAGGCUGAUGGAGACUAUAAUACAAAGCUUGGAAUAACCAUCCUCGGUGAAGCUGUGACGGUUGAAGAUGAAGUGGUCGUUACUAACUGUAUUGUUCUUCCAAACAAGAUUAUUAAUUGUAGAGAACAGGAGGAGAUCAUCCUGUAAAAAUGGAGAAACUGUUCUCAUUCAAUCCGUCAGAACACUGGCGUUUGGAUUUCUGCUUUCGUUUUAUAGAGAUUAAAAAUAAACGGAGCCUAUCAGGAGUUGGAAGUCGUGUGUAAUUUUAUUUUAUUUUAUCUUUUUGUUUUCUACCAAGAUUUUGCUGUCCAGCCGUUGUAGAAAUGGAAAUGAAAUCAAAUUUUUGGAAUA